AACCGAGCUGUGGUAUUCAUCUAGAUUUGAGAUGGAUUUUUAGUCUAAGUGGCACCUUUCUAUUGGGGGAAAUUCUAUCAGCAACCCGGUGAAUUUCUUUUCACAGCCCGGUCAAAUAUUCUCUCAACUACUCUCCAUUAAUGAGAUUUUUAGUAAUGGGAUUUUUAUUAAUAGAGAAAUACUUAUGAGAAAUUCCAUCAGCAGCCCGAUGAAUUUCUCUUCACAGCUAGUCAAACUUUUGUUAGUAAUGAGAUUUUUAGUAAUAGAGAAAUACUUAUUGAAUGGGUUAAGGCAGUUGGAAAAGAAAAUGGAAUGGUUAUUGUUAUAAAGAGUUCUGAAUCUGGGGGUAUAGAAAGAAAACUUAGAAUUCGUCUUGCUUGUGAACGGAGUGAAAAGUAUAAAUCAUCAAAAAAAGGAGAUGAGACAAUAGGAGAAACAAACCGUAGGAUGACAGGUUCUAAAAAAUGUGGUUGUCCAUUUGAGUUAUUUGGUGUUAAAUUGUCAAAUGAACACUGAAUGUUGAAGGUUGUAUGUGAAGUGUACAACCAUUUACCAGCAGCUCAACUUUAGGGUCAUUCAUAUGCUGGCCGACUUACAGAGAAAGAGAAACAAAUUAUGAUAACAAUAUCUAAGAAUCUUGUGAAGUCUAGAAAUAUUUUGAUGACGUUAAAGGCAGAAGAUGAAAAAAAUGUGAGUACCAUCAAAACUAUAUAUAAUGCACGAGAAAGAUAUAGAGUCAUGGAUAAAGGUGGUCGAUCACAAAUACAACAGUUGAUGAAAAAAUUAAAAGAUUGUAAUUAUGUGGAGUGGUAUAGAAGUGAUAGAUUAUCAUAUUGUAUCACAGACUUAUUUUAGGCUCAUCCGAUGGCUAUAGAGUUAUUUAAAACAUUUCCUCAUGUGUUAAUAAUGGAUUGUACAUACAAAACUAAUAGAUAUAAGUAUCCACUGCUAGAGAUCGUUAGUGUGACGUCAACUAAGCUAACUUUUUCUAUUGCUUUCGCAUUUAUGGAUCAUGAAUAUGAGGAUAAUUACACAUGGGCAAUGGAGAAAUUAAAGAGUCGAAUGACUCAUAAGUAUCCAGGAGUAAUUGUAACCGAUAGAGAAUUAGAAUUGAUGAAUGCAAUACAGAAAGUGUUUUCAACCACGAGCACCUUGUUAUGUAGGUGGCAUAUAUCAAAAAAUGUGCUCGCCAAAUGUAAGAAAUUAUUUGAUAGAAAGGAGACAUGGGAGAAAUUUAUGUUAAGUUGGAACCUGGUUAUUUUUGCUUCGACUAAGGAUGAGUAUGAACGUCAUCUGUAUGAGUUAACACUUGAGUAUCAUGCAUAUAAGGGUGCACUUAAUUAUGUAAGAAAGACAUGGUUGAAUGAUUAUAAAAAAAAAUUUGUUGCAGCAUGGACAAAUAGAAUAAUGCAUUUCGGCAAUGUUACUACGAACAGAGCUGAGAGUGCACAUGCAAAGUUGAAGAGACAUCUUGAAUCUUCUCAAGGUGACUUAGAGUCAUCAUGGACAAUUAUCAAUAGUCUUAUUGAGUUGCAACAUGUAGAGAUUAAGGGGUCGUUUGAAAAAAGUUUAACGUUGGUGCAACAUAACUUCAAGCCAACAAUUUUUAGAGAAUUGCGAGGUGUUAUAUCGAAAAGUGCAUUGAAUAUGGUGCCAAUGCAAUCGCAACUUACUCAUAAAAUUGGGAUAGACAAAGUUUUAUAUGGAUGCGUGAUUAGAAGCACAUAUGGUUUAUCUUGUGCAUGUGAAAUUGCAGAGUUCAUGGUACACGGACGACCAAUUCCUUUGUCAAUUGUGCAUCUUCAUUGGACAAGGUUGCAGGUAGUGCAGUCAGCUUAUGAUGGUGUGUCAUCGCAGGUAACGAUUAAGCUAGAGAUGGAGAGUAUAUAUAAAAUGUUUUAUUCAAAACCAGAGCCAGUGAAGUUAGUAUUAAAGCAAAAGUUGAGAUAAAUAGUUAAUUCAGACACGACUUCACUACAGCCACCAACCAUGAAAGUUAGGACGAAAGGUAAGCCAGCAUCAAAGAAGAAAAUUCAGGUUGAUACAUCCACCAAACGUGAUUCGUUCUUGUUUGAAAUAGUUCAAUCUGAUCAAAACAGUACAUCCCUAACAACAUGGAUAUCGAAGAGAAACACCAACCGACUCAAGGGUAUGAUAAUUGUUUCCCACCACAAAUACAAUCGUUCGUGCAUAGUAUUGUUAAUGUAGAAUCAGAUGGACAUUAUGAAUUUCGCGCGAUAGCAGGGCUACUUGGUAUGAGUGAGCACAGUUGGAGAGAUAUUUGUUUUAGUCUGAUAAAAGAGUUGUAAUCUUUUCGUGCGAUGUAUACGCAAUUAUAUGGAUUGGACAUACGUGUGGAUGAAUUACUACAUAUAUUAUAUCGCUUUGAUGACAUUGCACCGUGCGAGCAUUGGAUGACUUUACCUGACAUGGGCCAUUUAAUUGCUUCAAAAAACAAUGUCGUAUUGGUACAUUUGUCAUGGAUCCAGUGUCUUACAUAUUUUCCACUUAGAACGAUCCCUCCUCCAGCAUUACAAAACAGGAUGAUUACUAUAGGAUUUGUGAAUGACUGUCAUUUUGUGCAGGUAUUCCUUAAACCAAGCUCACCAAUUCCUCCCGUCGCACUGAAUUGGUACAAAUUUCAAUGUGAUAAUGCACGUGAUUGGGAAAUGCCAUACAUAUCCAAAAUUCAGGCAUUUUUAUCUCUAGUUGGUCAAGAUGUCACAACACAUGAAGUUUUUGACUUAUCUGAUACAUGAUUCUUAGGUUGUGCUUCCGAAUAAGGCCCAAGGCAAUAUGAUUUUUUGAACAAGUUUAAUCUUCAUAGGCUUCUGCCCGUAAUUGAAAUAUUAACCCAUAUCACCACUUAUUGGCAGCCCAAUUUGAAGUCCAUAGCCCAUUUACUAUCUUUUUAGAGGAGAAAUGGGCAUAAGCCCAUUUGCUCAAGAGAUGAAGAAGCCCAGCCCAUUACGUAUGUUAGCCAUGCUUUCGGCUGAGAAAGGAGGACAGUUGGGUGAUUCAGGCCUGGG